AAAACAAUGUGAAAACCCAAGUUUUCAACCGUUGAACGAUAUCGACCAAUCAAUCACUCGACAAAGCGUGAAUCCAAAGCGUUCCGCAUCGUCGGAGUGGAGGAGAAGAGAUGGCCGACGAAAACGUCAAGGCGGAGGCUCUGCAGAUUAUAGGAAUGUUUCAAGUUCUCCCAAAGCUGGUCGUCUUCGACCUCGAUUACACUCUUUGGCCAUUCUAUUGUGAAUGUCGCUCCAAACGUGAAAUGCCAUCUCUUUAUCCUCAUGCCAAAGGCAUAUUAUAUGCACUUAAAGACAAGGGAAUUGACCUCGCCAUUGCUUCUAGAUCACCAACAUCUGAUAUUGCCAAGACAUUUGUUGACAAAUUGGGCAUCAAUUCUAUGUUUGUAGCUCAGGAGAUCUUUUCCAGUUGGACACACAAAACAGAUCAUUUCCAGAGAAUUCAUUCAAGAACUGGUGUACCAUUCAACUCCAUGCUAUUCUUUGACGACGAGGACAGGAAUAUUGAAACUGUUUCGAAAAUGGGAGUAACUAGUAUUCUGGUUGGCAAUGGAGUUAACCUCGGUGCUCUGAGGCAGGGACUCACAAAGUACACCCAGAAUGUGAACAAAAUUGAGAAGAACAAGCAGAAGUGGACGAAGUACACUAAGAACUCAACUUCAUCAGAGAAGACGGAGUAAAGGAAUGACAGGGAAGGUGAGUGAUUAUAUAAACUGUGAAUCUGUUGUCAUUUUACCCUGUAUUUGGAGGAAUUAUAUAAACUGCCUUAAGAAUGAUCUCCUAAUAUUCAUUCUGACUACUGAAAACAUAAUCCUUGAGUUGGGUGCUUUUAGAAGAACAUAGUUAAAGUAGCAUUUUCGUUCUUCAGCUCGUUC